UGUAAAUCUCCGUGGGACACUUCCGGCGGAAGUAAACAACGAGGUGCUAGCAGCGUUAGCUUCCAGGUUUGCUUGUUUAUCGUCGGUCAGAAGUCUGUUUUUGCUGUAAACUGAAUAUUUCAGCGUCUGCAGCAACAAUAUCUUCGCUUCAUCUCCAGAGUGCGACUAACUGCUGAAUGAAAUAUUCAGAACCAUCGUCCAGGAGGAGGAAGAGACCGAGCAUCAGCUCAGACUGCUGGAUAGCAGCUGGAGAACCCGAACCGGGUCAGAACCUCCAGAGAGCGACUAACUGCUGAAUAAAUAUUCAGAACCAUCGUCCAGGAGGAGGAAGAGACCGAGCAUCAGCUCAGACUGCUGGAUGUGGCUCCUUACGGCUGCUCCCCAGUCAGGGGUCCCCACAGCCGCUCAGUACGACCCCCACCCAGACAUUUGACACCGGGUGUUUCUGCCGACCCAACCGGGAUUCGAACCCGCGUCCCGCUGCAGCACCACAGAGGGACCUGAAAAGCCCAAAUCAGCUCAGAACCUCCAGGCCCUCCACAGCAUCAUGUCUGUGACUACUUGGGAGAUUUUGGGUGACAAUUUUCUCAUAACCAAAGAGAGAAACUCCACUGUUGAUAACAAGAUUCCAAACACUGUACAGAUAAAAGAGGAACGGGAUGAAGCAGAACCAUGGCGGAUGAUUGAGACAAAGGAGGAACCAGAUUCUCAGCCAAUUAAAGAAGAACAGAUUGAACAGUGGAUCUAUCAGGAUGAAGGACAGCUUUUGCUGAAGCGGGAGACCAACAUCUCUAUGGGAACUCCAGCUUAUGAGCAAAUAUUCCACAACGGACCAGAACUGCAGCAGAAGGAGACAAAAGAGGAGCCAGAACCCGUACUUAUCAAAGUGAAACAGGAUAAACCAGAACACCAACAGGAGGAUAUCUGCAGUGACCAGGAUGUGGAGCAGUUCGUAGUGAAGCAGGAGGCUGACAGCUUUGUGGUCGCUCCUUUUGAGAGGAAGAACGAUAAUGAACACGAAACAAACCAGCUCCUCUCUUUAAACUGCCCUGAGGCUGAGGGCCAACAUCAGCAGGGAAGCAACCAGAAAGACUUUGUUAGCAAUUCAAAACCAAAGGCGUCUAAAACAAAUAUACCUUCAUGUGAAGUAUGUGGCAAAGGUUUCACUACAUAUAAAUACUUGACUGAUCACCUAAGGACUCACACGGGGGAAAAACCCUAUCCUUGUGAACUGUGCGAUAAAUGUUUUACUGAUUGUAGUACCAGGGCCAAACAUAUGAAAACUCACACAGGGGAGAAACCUUAUCACUGCCAGGUCUGUGGUAAAUCUUUUAGCCACUGUAGUAACUUGGCUAGGCAUAUGAGAACACACACAGGGGAGAAGCCAUAUUCUUGUGAAGCGUGUGGUAAAUCUUUCCGCCACUGCAAUACUAUGGCUCGACAUAUGAGAACCCACACAGGUGAAAAGCCAUACACCUGUGAAGUCUGUGAUAAAUCUUUUAUACAGCCCAGUGACCUGGCCCGUCACCUGAGAACUCACACAGGUGAGAAGUCUUUCUCCUGUCUGACAUGUAGGAAAGGUUUCACAAGGCAGUCCUCCUUGGCUGUCCACAUGAGAACCCACACGGGGGAGAAGCCUUACCCAUGUAAAACAUGUGGGAAGUCUUUUAGAUACAGUAGCCAUUUGAGUCGUCACGAGAACUCGCACAAAAUACCUUGACUACAUCAUACGUGUGAGAAGCUGUAUCGUCUUGUAUGUAAAACCGUUUCGGACAUAAAUUAUUUGGUUUCCACCAUUUCCUGAUUUUCACAAGUACCAACUGGCAUUUAUUUAGUACCACUACAUACUUAAUAAAUGCUGGUAGAUGUUUGAUAAGUGCCACGUGAAGUUUAAUAAGUAAUGCACUGCUAGGUGUUUGAUAACCAUUAACAAAUGCUUGGUGGUGUUCAGUUACUCGCUCUGUCCUAAGUUUGACAGCAGAUAGUUUUAAACAGUCAUCCAGUAAGAAGCUAGGCCUUGUAUGGAAAAUGAAAUAAAUUCUGAAGUAUUUAUAUAUGAUUUUUAAAUAUAAAGAAUUCAAUGUUUUUCAUUAAUUUUGACACAUUUAUGUUUUGUUUUGAUUCUUGAAAGACUGAAAUAAGUUACGAAUAUUUUGUUUAAUAUGUUUUCUGUUUCAAAUGAAAGUGCUCAAAAAAUUAAAGAAACGCUGCAAUGACAAAAUGUAAUUCAUAGCUAAUACAUGCAAGUAUUUCCAUAACAAAGGUUUAAGGAGUUUUAUUUAACUGUGUAAGUGUACAUCUGUUACAGAUUUAUGCCACUGGCUGGGAGCUGGACAGACAAGCUUAGGAUGUAUAAUCAUAAAUCAGAGACUGAGGCUGGGAGAUGGACUUGGAUAAGAGAGCAGAUGCUUCAGCACAGGAGAGGCUGGUGUGCAGAAGGUCAGCGUUUCCUUAC